ACAAUGGCGGUUAGUAGAGAAGCAUCGCAGGAACAAAAUACUCCAAUUGCCGAGAUCUGGUGUAACACGCAGUUGAAAGUGGAGAGCUUCAACUAUAUGUGGACCAUAAAUAAUUUUAGUUUUUAUUACGAGGAAACUGGUGACACGCUGAUAUCGUCCCCAUUUUAUAGCGGUGCUAGUGACAAACUGAAAUGGCGUUUUGAAUUGCGGCGAAGAUGUCCCGUUUAUCUCUCGAUUUAUUUGGUAUUGUCAUCGUCGUCAGAAGCUAGAGCCAAAUUUAGGUGCUCCCAAUUGAAUGGGAAAGGGGAAGAAUUAGAAUCCAUGGCAUUGCCCUGUCGUCGUUUCGGAAAGGGUAAAAAGUGGGGAAUUGAAGAAUUCAUACGACGAGAUUUUCUAUUGGAUGAAAGCAAAGGUCUUUUAAGGGAAGACACAUUGACUAUAUUGUGUAAAGUUAGCGUUCUAUCUGACAUCGUGAAUAGCUCUGGGAAAUCAAAAUCCAUUCAAAUUAAAAUACCCAAACGUUGUUUGUCCGACGACUUGGGUGCGCUAUUUCAUAAUGAGAAAUUCAGUGAUGUAACGUUGGCGGUAGAAGGCAGGGAAUUUCGUGCGCAUAAAGCUAUAUUGGCGGCACGAAGUGAAGUCUUUAGUGCUAUGUUUGAGCACGAAAUGAAGGAGCAUAAACAAAAUAAUGUCGAUAUCCAGGACAUCGAUCACGAAGUAUUGAAAGAAAUGCUGUGUUUCAUCUACACAGGCAAAGUACCAAAUUUAGAACAAAUGGCUGAUGUUCUUCUAAUUGCUGCUGAUAAGUAUGCGCUCGAAAAACUGAAAGUAAUAUGCGAAGAGGCUAUCUGUCGUAAGCUCUCCGUAGAAAACGCAUUGGAAACUUUAGUAUUAGCCGACCUACAUAGUGCGCAUCAAUUGAAAGCACAAGCCAUAGAUUUCAUAAAUAGUCAUGCCACUGAUGUGCUGGCAACUUCCCGCUGGCAGAGUAUGAUUACGACACAUUCACAUCUGUUUGAGGAGGUACUUCGUAAGAUUGCGAAAUCACAGAUACCAUCAACUGGACUAGCAAACAAGCGUGAAAUUAACUGA